GCGAGGCGGUGUCAUUCGACAUAUUGGACACUAAAGUUCGAUAUGAUCUUAGGCAUGUCGUGGCUGCAAAGCGAAGACCAUCCGGUGAACUUCUAUCGACGCACCGUUCACGUUCGUGACCGGCGUGGCGAAUUAGUCCCGUGUACGGUGCCGCUUCCUCAUCCUUCGAUUGGUUGUCACGUGGUCUCCGCGGCGAGCAUUCGCCAAUCCAUCCGGCGGAACGACAUCGAGGAAAUGGGCAUAUGUUUUCUUCACGCCCUCCCACCCGGUGAUCAGCCCAAGACGGAUACGUCGGACCCACGCAUCAUUGAGCAGUUGGACAGCUACGAGGAUGUCUUCCAAGCUCUCGCUGGAGUAGUACCGGAUCGGCCCAUACGCCACGGGAUCACUCUCGAGGACGACACCGUACCUCCACGCGGAUGUAUCUACCGCAUGAGCGAAGAGGAGCUUCAAGUGCUUCGGGCACAACUAGACGACCUCUUGGCCAAGGGCUGGAUUCACCCUAGCUGUUCGCCAUACGGUGCUCCCGUUCUCUUCGUCCGGAAGAAGAACAAAGAUCUACGGUUAUGCAUCGACUAUCGGAAACUUAACGCACAAACAAUCAAGAACACCAGCCCUCUCCCUCAGAUCGAUGAUCUUCUCGAGCGACUAGGCGGCGCCAAGUACUUCUCGAAGCUUGACCUCAAGUCCGGAUACCACCAGAUCGAGAUCCAACCAAGAGAUAGGUACAAGACCGCGUUCAAGACGCGAUAUGGGCACUUUGAGUGGAUCGUCAUGCCUUUCGGUCUCACCAAUGCCCCGGCUACUUUCCAAGCGGCUAUGACGACGGAAUUCCGCGACUUGCUCGACCGCACCGUACUCAUAUACCUUGAUGAUACCUUGGUUUAUAGUCGGACGCUGGACGAGCACCUCGAGCACCUUCGCGCCGUGUUGGAGCGCCUCCGUAUCGCCAAGUACAAGGCAAACCGUGAUAAGUGCGAGUUUGCCCAGCAAGAGUUGGAGUACUUAGGCCAUUACGUUACGCCGCAAGGCAUUCGUCCGCUCGCGGACAAAGUACAAGCCAUUCAAGAUUGGUCGGACCUCAAGUGUACUACCGACGUCCACUCUUUUCUUGGCUUAGCAUCUUACUACAUGCGCUUUGUCAAAGGGUUUCAACGGAUCGCUGCACCAUUGUCGCGACUUCAGUCCCCCUUGGUGCCCUUCGAAUUCAACGGCGAAGCCCGACAUGUGUUUCAUACGCUGAAGACGGCUUUGCUCCAAGCUCCCAUCUUAAGCAUCUAUGACCCGACCUUGCCUACCAAAGUGGCUACGGACGCUUCCGGCUACGGCAUUGGCGCGGUCUUGGAACAGCAUGACGGCACAGACUGGCAUCCGGUUGAGUACUUCAGCCAAAAGGUGCCACCCAUCAACACUCUUGAUGAUGCAAGGAAGAAGGAACUGCUAGCUUUUGUCACCGUACUUGAGCGUUGGCGUCACUUUCUCCUCGGGCGUCGGCGAUUCACGUGGGCAACGGACAACAAUCCUUUGACUUAUUACAAGACACAAGACACGGCCAAGGAAAAGCAAGAGGCUGCCGCAGCCAAAAGACUACGGCUAGCAGAGGAAGCUGCAGCACAAACCCGGCGUCAAGCCGAGGCAGACCAGUUGGCGAUCGAUCAGCUCAACGCCGGCAGCGCUGAACUUGUAAAUGCUUACCAAGCACAAUGGACAGCGGUGCUCAAUGGGAUGCGUUAUGUCCCGGUACCCGGCAGCGAGCCGACAACAGUACAGCAAGAGAGGCAAGACCUGGCAGAUAUUCUACUCCAUACAAUGCGCGCCGUCAUUUGGAACAGCACCAUGGGGGAGCUGCAUUCCCGGUCCACACUGCAGCUGCAGCACGAUCUGAGCCACAACGUGAAGAUACUUGCAGCAGCUGUCAAGGUCGCAGACAACCAGCUGAAACAGCUGGAUGCACGCAUUGCUACCUUGGAGGCAAGGCCUCCCCAAGCAGCGCCAGGCUGCACGACAGAUAUGACAGACAUGACGAAGCAGCUCAAUGGGCGCAUCGAUCAUGUCGUCAAUCUCAUCGGCGACAUAGGUGCUUUCAAUGGGCCGGACACGAUCAGUAGCACGGUGGCCGCCAUCAAGACGGACAUCACCAAGCUGCAAACGAAACCGGACGCCGCCAUGAAGAAUUACAAGAUGCCGCACUUCGACAUCAGCAAGUUCGACGACCACAACAAGAUGAACGCUUUGGCAUGGUGGCAACGUUUCCUCACGGAAGCAUCACGCCGCACUGUCCCGACCGACGACAUGAUGAAGGCGGUCUACUUACAGCUGAUUGGAGGAGCGCAGGCAUGGAUGAACCAUCUGGCGACUACCCACAAAUGCACCAUCGCCGAACUCCACACGCACCUCACGUGGAAAGAGUUCGAGAAGCUAUGGUUCACCCGGUUCAUGGUCCGCAACGUCGUGAAGGCAGCCAUGAACGAGGUGUACACCUGUUCUCAAGGGAGUAUGCCAACUCGGGACUGGACAACCAAGUGGUAAAAGAUAGUGACCACGCCAGGCGUCGAUUUGACUUUUCCUAAUCAACGAUCCGAGUUCUU